GGGACCUGGGGGCGGGGAGAAGACUAGCCCCGAGCGUGAAGCGGGAGGGGAGUGGGGAGACCUUAAAGGCCCUGCACGCUGGCCCCGCCGAGGGUCCCGGGGGCGAAGGCGGCGCGCAGCGAGCGGAGGGAAGGGCAGGAACCUUCAGCUGGGUCUAGGACCAGUGACAGCAGGGACAGGGGCCCCGAAAGGGCACGAGUCUCUGAGAUCUACAGGAAGCUCAUUCAUAUGUGAAAUUCUCAGGAAGCCCUACCCUCUGAAAUGUGGAAUGUAACUGAAAUGAGCAUUCAACUCCAGGAGACAGAAAAAUCAAAAUGAAAAAACACUCUUUUCAGAGCAUCUCCUGGUAUCAUCAGAAAUGUCCUCCUUAAGUGGGAAAGUCCAAACUGUUUUGGGCCUGGUAGAGCCAGGCAAACUGGGCCGCACUCUGACCCACGAACAUUUGACAAUGACCUUUGACUGCUGUUACUACCCACCUCCUCCACGUUACGAAGCUACCUCCGAAGAACCUAUUAUGAUGAAAAAUUUAUUUUGGAUUCAAAAGAACCCUUAUUCCCAUAAGGAGAAUCUUCAGCUGAAUCAGGAGACGGAAGCCAUCAGGGAAGAACUGUUGUAUUUUAAAGCCAACGGUGGAGGGGCUUUGGUCGAGAACACUACUGUUGGCAUCAGCCGAGACGUGAAGACUUUGAAGUGGCUUGCCGAAGAGACCGGCGUCCAUAUCAUAUCUGGAGCUGGAUUUUAUGUGGAUGCAACUCACUCUCCAGACACCAGAGCCAUGUCAGUGGAACAGCUUACUGAUGUCCUCAUUAAUGAAAUUCUCCAUGGAGCUGAUGGAACUAGCAUCAAGUGUGGGGUCAUUGGAGAAAUUGGUUGCUCCUGGCCUCUGGCAGAGAGUGAGAAGAAGGUUCUUCAGGCAACAGCUCAUGCUCAGGCUCAGCUCGGCUGUCCUGUUAUUAUUCAUCCUGGAAGGAAUCCAAGCGCACCAUUUCAGAUUAUCCGAGUGUUGCAAGAAGCAGGUGUAGACGUCUCCAAAACGGUUAUGUCCCACAUUGAUAGGACUAUACUUGAUAAAAAGGAACUCCUGGAGUUUGCUCAACUUGGCUGUUACUUGGAAUAUGAUCUCUUUGGGACUGAACUCCUUCAUUACCAAUUCAACCCGGAUAUCGACAUGCCCAAUGAUAAUAAAAGAAUUAGGAGAGUGCGUCUUCUGGUGGAUGAAGGCUACGAAGAUCGAAUUCUGAUGGCACACGACAUACAUACGAAGCAUCGGCUGAUGAAGUAUGGAGGUCACGGCUACUCUCAUAUACUUACCAACAUUGUUCCUAAAAUGUUGCUUAGAGGGAUCACUGAGAAUGCACUUGAUAAGAUACUAAUAGAGAACCCUAAGCAAUGGCUAACUUUCAAGUAGGAGGAUGGUUGCUUACAGACUCACACCUUGAGUAGAAAGCUCGCAGAGAACGUUUUUCAGUGAUUUCAAACCCACAGUGAGAUAUUAAUCAGAGCUAUGUAGGACGAAUGACGGAUCAUUUUCUAUUUAUGAGAAUUAGAAAUUUUGCCUUCUCAGAAACCAGCUGGUACAUCGGUACCUUUAAGAAGUUACUGACCUAACGGAGCCCUCUUGUUCUGCCUUUAACAAAAUAAAUACAGAAGCACCUAUUUCCAAACAGUGAUUUACAUUCUGUGUCCCCUCUAGCAAAGUUUUGCUUCGUUUUGUUUUCUUAAUCUAUCAGCUGCACUACUUGAGGAAAUUUAAAGUGUUUCUAGUUAAAUUACCCCCUUCUGGAGCAAUCUAAUGUUUCUUGUAAUAUUGAUGAUCCUACUAAUUACCCUGCUGUUCUUUAAUUAAUGCUUAAUGAAUAAUAUGGCACUUGAAAAUAGCUUCUGCAGCAGGGGAAGUUAAAGUUUGAGGCUUUUUCCCCCCCAAAGGACACUGUAAUGCAAUCACCAAUUCACAAUGAUAAAAAUAUUGUCGAAGCUUAAUUAUAUUCAUUAUAUAUUGUAGAAGUUGUCUACCUAUCUAUAUUGACUGGUAAUAAAUCAGUUUUGUUGCCUGUGGCUUCCUGGUAUCCAUUUUUGCUGUAAAGCUUUGUUAGUUUAAACAUUUGUAUAAGGGGGCAUGAACACGUAACACAAUACUGAAUUAUAAAAAUUCAAUGGUAAAAGUCAAAAUAUAUUACAUAAUAUAGUUUAAUGAAUCAUUACAUUUAUAAUAACAAAGGCCACAGUUUAAUUAAUAAUAUAUAUGCAAAAAAAGAGAAAUGUUUGCCAUAUAUAUAUUCCCUUUAUUUCCCUUACCUUUUAUUUGUUUUUCCUUGGGCCUAAACAGAGAAAAUGAUGCUUAGUUAUCUGAAGAAAAGGUCAGAUCUAUUAGAAAUGGCAUUCUGACUCGAGCCUACUCUUCAAAAGGUACCCACCCCCGAUGUUUUGUGUAAAUAAAGCCUUUUUAAAACUCUUA